AUGAGCAAUGUAAACGAAGAAGACAUAAGAGCAUCACCGCUUAUCCCAACGAAACCCGUAUACCUGUCAUUCUGGGAUAAAUUCAAGGAGCUUCAGAUGAAGAUGUUGUCGUCGCGUGUUGACGAGAGUAUCGAUCACAGAUAUGCAUCCGCGCCUACCGACUGGCCGUUCGAUGAGAAGAACGUGGCCUACUGGCUCAAAGAGACCGGCAAGGAAAGCAGCGCUCAAAUACAUCUCGUAGGGAACAUCGUCAGUUGGUAUUCCGCCCUUCCCGGGUUCUUGCUCUUCGUCCUCAUCUUUACAGGGAUCGUCCUGGCGAGGAAGCGCUCUCUUACAGUCGUCAGGGAAGAUUACUUGGCACAAAUGACCUUUGUCGCCGAGCUCCUUAUCGGAGGUUAUCUGCUUAAUUACCUGCCUUUCUUCGCUGUGGAGUCGACGUAUUUCCUCUACCACUACCUACCGGCCGUCCUGUUCAAACUGAUUUUUGUAGCCAUUCUCGUGGAGCAGAUAUAUUCGGUUUUAGCGUGA